AUGGUCGUCAUCGCUGUCGCUGGUGGUACAGGCGGCGUGGGAAAGACUCUUGUAGAGAGACUGGCCCAGGAACCUGGAUUCGAAGUUCUUGUGCUAUCACGGAAUAAGCAGGAAGAAAGAAAUGGAGUGGAAAGAGUGCUUAUCGACUACAAUGAUCUGCUGUCUAUGACACGCACAUUGGAACACCACAAUGUCCACACUGUCAUAUCUGCAAUUAGUAUUAUUUCCGAUGAGACUAGUCUCGCUCAACUGAACUUAAUCGAGGCUGCUGAGAUGUCAAGUAUGACACAGCGAUUUAUUCCGAGCGAGUAUUCGUUUAUCCAGACACCUGAAUUACUCCAUAUUGAUCCUAGUAUUCAGUACUGGCUGGAUGCGGCCGACCGACUAAAAAGGUCUUCACUGCAAUACACUAGGGUAAUCCCGGGCUUUUUCAUGGACUACUGGGGAAUGCCACAUAUUCAGACCAACCUCCAUCCUUACACCUUUGGCAUCAACAUAGCAAGCGGUGUAGCUGCUAUUCCUGGGGAUGGAAAUGAUGUUAUUUGCAUGACAUAUACAUAUGACCUAGCGACCUACAUGGUUAAAAUGCUCAACCUCAAUGAAUGGCCGGAGUUCAGCGUGUUCGUGGGCGAUGAAGUUACAUACAACGAGCUCCUUUCCAUGGCGGAGAGCAUAACCGGAUACAAAUUCCGGGUAACUUAUGACAGUGUCGAUCAAAUCAAUGUUGGAAAUUCUACCGUGCCACCUAUGCCCGAUGAUGUGGGCUCUCCUGAUGAGUUGAAGGAGGUUACGGCUUUGGUGAGUCGGCUUACUGUCGCUGGUGCGUUUCGACUACCGAAAGACAAUCGCCUGAGUGAUUACUUUUCCGAGGUGCAACCCAUCAAGAUCAGGGAGUUCUUAGAGAAAUGUUGGAAGAAAGACAAGGAUUAA